CCUUUCCCCACACCCUGCAUGCAGUCCAUCAUGCUUCUCUUCCUUGUAACAAACGUCAUAGCAUGGCUAUCCUCAACAUGGCACCCUCAAAAACAACCGUGCAACCGCCUGACACUACACAGUGUCCCCGGAAUUGACAUCCUCUCCAUCCACUCCCAAGAAAGAUACAAUUACAGCUUCCCACACCACCCAGAGGACAACGACAAACCCAUCCCAAACUUCUGCGACAUCACCAUCACCCUAACCCACCCCGGAGACGACGACAUCGUCACCGUCUCCACAUGGCUCCCCCUCACCAACUGGAACAGCCGAUUCCAAGCCACCGGCGGCGGCGGACUAGCAGCCGGAUACAUCGGACCCGCGCAAGUCGCAGCCAUCACCCAAGGCUACGCAGUAUCAUCAACCGACGGCGGCCUCACACUAAACAACACCAUCGACCCGCAAACCGGAACCUGGGCUCUCCGUCCAGACCGAAGCCUCAACACCGCCCUGCUAAAAAACUACGCCCACCGCUCCAUCCACGACAUGACCGUGAUCGGCAAAGCCCUCACCCAAACCUUCUACGGCACCCCGCCCAAAUACUCCUACUGGAACGGCUGCUCCACCGGCGGCCGUCAGGGCUAUUUCGCCGCAGCCCUCUACCCCGACUUAUUCGACGGCAUCCUAGCCGGCAGCCCCGCCAUCAACCUCCCCCAUCUCUUCUCCUACCUCUUCUGGGCCCCAAUCCUAAUGCUCAACUCCAUCACCCCACCCCAAUGCAUCUUCCGCGCUUUUCAAUCCGCAGCCAUCGAAACAUGCGACCCGCUCGACGGCGCCACAGACGGACUGAUCUCAACCCCGACCCCUCCCUCUGCACCUUCAACCCUACCUCCCUCAUCAACACAACAAUCCAAUGGCACCGCCAACACCACCACCAACCCCACAACCGGCCACACCACCAUAACCCCCUUCUUCCCCGCCAUCGGCUGGACCAAGAACUUCAUCUUCCAAGAUCCCUCCUACGACAUAUCCACCAUGAACUUCACAUCCUUCGACACCGCCGCUCUCCUCUCUAUAUCACGGUACAAUGAACUCCUCGGCUCCGACACCCACCAUUUACACGCUUUCCACGCCGCAGGCGGAAAGUUACUCUCUUGGCAUGGGUUAGCGGAUGAUAUUAUUCCGUAUAUGGGGACGGUGCGGUAUAGAGAGAGGAUUGAGGCUGAAUUUUAUGAUGAGGGUGAAGGUGAGGUGGAUGUAGACGAUUUCUAUCGGCUGUUUUUGGCUCCUGGGGUAGGGCAUUGUGGGGGUGGGUAUGGGCCUGGGCCGAUUGAUCCGUUGGGGGCGUUGGUGAGGUGGGUGGAGGAGGAUUUGCCGCCGGAGAGGUGGGUGACGAGGGAGUUGUGUCGGUUUCCGCUGCGGUUGGUGUAUGAUGGGGUUGGGGAUAUGGAUGAUGGGGGAAUUUUGAGUGUGAGGUUCCUGGGGAGGGGCUUUUACAAGGAUAUAAUGAGAAGAAGGAAAUCUACGGAGUGA